ACAGUAUCACCUAUACACGUUAGAGGCUGAGAACCUGUGCCUGUUUCCGUGCCUCAGUGCCACACACUCACAACAUUACGCUGAGAUCCAAUCGAAAAACAUAUUCUUAUAUCUCAAGAGAUUUACAAGAGCGUGGAGUAGGACUUUCUAGGUCAAGCAGACAGAUGGCCACGAUGCUCGCACGGCGAGCCUCGUUGCUGCCUCGCGGUGCUCGCCCGUGCUUCGUGGCGAGCCGAGUAGCCCCUCGCUUGGCUAGCCGGGGGGUGCCAGUGGUAUUUGCAGCGAAGCAGGGCAGCCCGGCAGCAAGCAAGUCUCAGCAAUAUCAACCGACCAGCGCGAGGGAUGCGAUUGAGCGCGGUACUGAGGUUUUCAAGAACCAAAACAAUCUGGAUGAGGCGGUGCGGCUUUACCGUGUUGGCUUGGAAAUGCAGCCCAACGACGAUGAGGCUCGUGCGGCUCUAUACAACUUGGGCUGCGCGCUGACGAAGCAGAAGAAGUUCUCGGAGGCCGUGGAGGCCAUCGAGCGGGCUAUCAACGACUACGGCCUGAAGCUGAUUGUGGCUCUGAGGGAUGACGACCUGCGGCUGCUGCGCGAGCGGCGCGAGUGGAUGGACGCGCUGGGCCGCAUGAAGGGCGGCAUGUCGCGACAGACCAAGGCGGACCUGCGCACGGAGGCCAAGGCUCCCUUCCGCCUGCCCCGCCUCAUCCUGUUCGGCGGCCUGCUGGCGGGCGCGGGCCUGGGCCUGAUGGUCAUCCUGACGCGCCUGGCCAAGUCGCUGCAGGGUGGCCCGGACGCUCCCGACCUGAACGAAUCGCUGACGAACCUGGGCAUCAACGUGACCGCGGUGGCGGUGCUGUCCUGGCUGGUCUACCGGGACGUCAGCUCCAAGCAGGCCGAGCUGCGGAUCACCACUCGCGAGGAGGGGCUGGGCCGCCUGCAGGUGGAUCUGGGCAAGGACCGUGUGCUGCCCCUGCUCAAGUUCCGCGGCCAGGUCCGGCCGGUGAUUGUGGCGGGCUCGCGGUCGUUUGUGGAGAAGGCCAUCAAGGAGGCGGAGGGGCAGUACCUCAACCUGCGCGACCGCGCGGUGUCGGUGGUUCCGAUCAUCUUUGAAAAGGCCCAGGCCGUGGAGCUUGACCCCGAGGACAAGCUGCGCCUGCUCAAGAAGGAGUUUGCCAAGGAGGGCGCCAAGGGCUUUGGCGACGAAUCGGCAAAGAAGGCGGCGAGCGAGCCCAAGGCUAAGAAGGUGUCGGUGCUGGGCGGCCUUGUGGAGGCAGACAAGAAGUGGCGCCUGGAGGCGUACGACACAGACGAGUGGAAGGCCUGGAUCCUGGAGCAGAAGGAGUUCAGCGGUCUGUCCACCACCGAGCCCAACUGCUACAUCCAGGUUCAGCUGGACGGCACGGUGCGCUCCAGCGGCACGGGCUCGCCGCCCUGGGACAAGCUGGUGGAGGAGCUGCCGCUGCUGAGCGACUUCCGCACGCGGCUGACGGACGGCGUGGGGCCGCAGGAGUAGACGGCGGCAGGCGGCGUGUAUUUGUGUGCGGGAGGGAGGUUGGGGCGGGGUGAGUUCGGGGCUGAGUAGGGAUGUAGGGAACGAGAAGGGAUGGGAUGCAAGGGCGUCCAGAGUGGGAGUCCAGCGGGUGGGCGCUUUCAAGGUUUUAGCUGGAAUGCGUGGCAGCGUGGGCUGCUGGGCUGCUGCGGUGUAGCCUGUUGGCUAGGAGCGUGACGCAAGCAAGGAGGAUGACAUCCAGAGAUGGCUGUUGCAGUGACCGGGGUUUCAUGACGGUGCGAAUGCCGGCUGGGCGGCGGCAGCUGCAGCGGCAACGUUGACCCAGUCGCCCACCUGGGUGGGUGCGUGUGUGCCCCUUGGUGUAUACGGUACGGUAGUUAACGGUUUGCGCUCGUGAGCAGGAGUCGUGUCAAUGUGAGGACUAUGUUCGAGAAGAUAGCGCCUAGGCAGUACACAGGAGGGUGUUCUAGAUACAAGGCGGCACGAGUGCUUUGAAGUCUGGAAGCAACAGGCAGUCCCCAUUUUGUUUCUGAAGGGGCGGCAGUUUUCUUGCCUGACAAACAUGAAUGACUGAGAGAUCUGGGGCACUCGUAUGACCCCGGAGUCCGUAGACCAAACACAUUGUUGCCUGUCAUACAUGGGGACACGGCGAGUGCGAUAGAGCCUCGGAUGCCCCCGGUCGGCUGGACAGAGUAGUGGAGUGGACAGGUAGUCCGCUGACGUAUGUGACUGUAACUAUGACAAUGU